AGAGCAGCCGUAGUGUCACCCUGCCCCUCAUUGAACAAAAGAUUAGGUUUAGUCCGUCAUUCGAGAAGUAUGAAUUUAGACAUUGUGACCUUCUGCUUUCUGUUCUUCCACUUUGAACCCCAAUAUGGUGCUGCUGACUGUUCACCAAAACCCUCCGUAGGACCCUGUAAAGAAAACCUUUCCAUCUCCACUUUUCAGCCCACUGAUGAAUUUCCAAGAGAAAACUUCACUUUUAAUUGUUCCUUGCCUAGCAUAGUGCAAGGUUUCUAUAUGAGACUGUUCAAGGGAAGAGACAAAGAAGCCAUCUGUACUUUGUACAGGGACAAUGGGCAAAACGGGACUGAGAACAAGAGUGAGUUUUGUGAACCAAUCUAUUUGGGUGAUAAAGUGUCAUUCAGACUCUGGAAUUUGAAGAGCCAUCACAGUGAUACAUACACCUGCUGCCUAGAAAGCCUUUCCCCAGUCUUCAAUUGCUGCAAAGCAGGUGAAAAGCAUCUAUAUAUUCAAGAAUCCGCUGCUGCAGCAGAGGAACCAUGCUUCUUCUCAGCACUUACAUCAUGGAUACUCAUUGGGUUCACUGCUUUUUCCACUGGUGCUUGCAUCUUCUGGCUAACUCUUUUUUGCUUCAGAAAUGAGGUUUGCCGGCGAGUCUCCAGCUCUCAUGACUACAAUAAUGAAUAUAUGUCCAUGGCAGCAGUGAAAUCCACCUAAAUGCCCAGCACUCUGCAGUAAUACACAGUUCUGUUUAAUCAAACUGAUAUGUGAAAUGAGCUUUCUUUGAAUAAUUUGCCUCAAAAGCUCUGGCUUGUGUAAAAUACUAAAAAAGACAGAAAAAAGAAAA